AUGGCGCUGUUCAAGUGCCUGUGCGUUUUUCUAUUAUCUCUCCUGCUUGCCUUCACCUUCACCAAUGCCGACGAAGAAGCUUCACGGCGGACGCUCCCGCCGAUCCCCUGCAUCCCAGGCCGGCCACGGCCCCCGUGGCUGCCACCCUGCUCGCCGCCUUCCCCGCCGCCGCCGCAGCCAGCCGAGUGCUACACGUCGCUGUCGGGGCUGAUGCCGUGCGCGGACUUCCUCACCAGCACCGGGGUGCCGCAGGCCCCCUCCAGCGCCUGCUGCCACGGCCUCAGGUCGCUCGUCACCGACGCGCCCAUCUGCCUGUGCCACGUCGUCAGCGGCGACAUCAGCAAGCUCCUGCCGGCGCCCAUGAUACCGCGACGCAUGGUGGAGCUCCCCCGCUUGUGCGCCGUCUCCUUCCCACGUGCCACGCUUCGCCAGUGCAUUAGUGAGUCGAUCAUAUACUAA